AUGCGAUCUGCCAAAGCAGUCGUUUCAGAAAAUCUUGCACGCUUUGGGUCCUCCGCUCCCAAUAUGUCGCACACAGGAAGCGGGAUCCACGCCUCUCAUCGGCCACCGCACACCAUUACAUCCCUGCGCCGCUGGUCAAUCGUGAACAAGGAGCUUCCAGCGAUCUCUCAGAUUCGUGCGAUUCACGUCUACGACUUCGAUAAUACCUUAUUCUUGAGUCCCCUACCGAACCCACAAUUAUGGCAUGGGUCCUCAGUGGGUUUCCUGCAAACGAAUGAUAGCUUCGCAAAUGGAGGAUGGUGGCAUGACCCCAAUAUUCUCAGUGCCACAGGAAGAGGCCUGGAGAUAGAAGAGCCUCGCAAAUGGGAAGGAUGGUGGAACGACCAAAUUCUCCGCUUGGUCAGGAAUAGCAUGGAGCAGAAAGAUGCGCUCACAGUGUUGCUGACCGGUCGAAGUGAGGCCGGCUUUGCGGAAGUUAUCAAGCGGAUGGUCGCUAGUCAGGAACUUGAAUUUGACCUCAUCGGUCUCAAGCCCGAGGUUGGCCCGAACAGUCAGCGGUUUGCGACCACAAUGAACUUCAAACAGGCCUUUCUUGAGGAUCUUGUUCUCACUUAUGAGCAGGCUGAAGAAAUUCGCGUCUACGAGGAUCGUGUCAAGCAUGUGAAAGGUUUCCGGGACUUCUUUGAAAGCCUGAACAGAGACCUUCAAAAGGCGCCCCCUGGCGCGCGGAUGCCGAUUCUUUCUGAAGUCAUUCAGGUAACCGAGGGGUGCACUUACCUCGACCCCGUCAGUGAAACUGCAGAGGUGCAGCGCAUGGUCAAUGCCCACAACCUCACACUACGCAACCCUGCGUUGAAUUUAACCAAAAGCCGUUGUGGACGGAUGUAUAUCAAGCGUGUCGUCUUCUACACGGGAUACUUGCUUUCUCCGGAGGAUUCAAACAGCCUAACGCAGAAUUUGCUGGCUCCGCUGCUGCCCCCAGGGCUUGCUGAAUCAAAUGACCUCAAGUACAUGGCUAACAGCAUCCUAAUUACCCCACGCCCAGCGCCUCGCUCCAUCCUGGACAAGAUUGGAGGUAUGGGCAAGAAAGUAAAAUGGCAGAUUACCGGAACUGGAAACCUGGACAACAAGAUCUGGGCAGCCCGCGUGGCGCCUAUUCCAGCAACAGAAGUUUAUCAUACAGAGAAUCCACUGCCUAUUGUAGUACUAGCUGUGCGCAAAGGUGCCCGUCUCAUUGAUGCAGGAAAGAUCCAAAACUGGCAUCCCAUCCCUGCUGACAAGGCCACGACCCUGGAGACUGUGAUCGGGGAGAAGGUUGUUCUGCGAGUGGAAGACAGCGGGGAAUUCCGUCAGGGUGAGCCCAUCAUGAACAGAAGUCAAAAGAGACGAUUCCAGCAGGAGGAGGACAGUCCCACAAAUCAGAACGCCGGCUUUGAAGGACCAUCUUAUGGCCGCGGCAACUACCACUCCUCCCAGCGUGGUGGAGGUGACGGUCGUUACCAGUACGAUGACAGUUCGCGAGGAAGAGGAGCUCAUCGCGGUCGUGGUCGAGGCGCCGGACGCGGGCGUGGUACCAACGCUCGAGGCCGUGGUGGUCGAGGUCGCGGUCGAGGUGAAUACUACCAGUACAGGUCGCUGGAUGACCAUGCAAUUGGCCAUGAUGGGACAAACGACGGCAGGAGUGGCUACAAUAGUGGAAGUGCCAGAGGUGGUUACUCCAUGGACUAUUGA